GGUGUCUCGUGGCCAGCAUAUCCCAAAAGUCGCUUUCUCCAUCGUCAUUGAUUCUGGUAACCAAAUACGUGGUGCUAACACGCCCACAGCCCACUUAAUCCAUCUGUUGAGUUCAAAGGAGGUCCUAGGAAGAAGAAGAGGCUGCUUAAAAGGUCUAACCUUUUACACCUGAACACAAAAUAAGAAGAAGAAGAAAUGGGAAUAGUGGAGGAAGCACACAACCUAAGGGUGUUGGGAUCAGGCCAACAGGUCAUAGUUCUCGCUCAUGGCUUCGGUACAGAUCAAUCCUUAUGGAAACACUUGGUUCCUCACCUAGUCAACGACUACCGGGUUAUCCUCUUCGACAACAUGGGCGCCGGCACCACUAAUCCCGACUAUUUCGACUUUGAUCGCUACUCUACUCUCGAAGGCUAUGCGUACGACCUCCUCGCCAUCUUGGAAGAGCUCCAGAUCGUUUCCUGCAUCUUCGUUGGUCAUUCAGUCUCCGCCAUGGUCGGCGCUCUCGCCUCCGUCGCUCGCCCCGAUCUCUUCUCCAAACUCAUCAUGAUCUCCAGCUCACCCAGGUACUUGAACGACGCUGAGUAUUACGGAGGCUUCGAACAAGAAGAUCUCGACCAGCUAUUCAAUGCGAUGAGAGAGAAUUACAAGGCGUGGUGUUCGGGGUUUGCGCCGUUGGCGGUGGGAGGCGAUAUGGACUCCGUGGCGGUGCAGGAGUUUAGUCGGACGUUGUUCAACAUAAGACCCGAUAUAGCCCUCAGCGUGGCUCAGACCAUAUUCCAGAGCGAUUUAAGGCAAGUAUUAGGCCUUGUGACGGUCCCUUGUCACAUACUACAGAGUAGUAAGGACUUGGCUGUUCCGGUGGUGGUGUCCGAAUACCUGCACAGGAACCUCGGUGGCGAAUCCAUUGUCGAGGUCAUGGCGUCGGACGGUCAUCUCCCUCAGUUGAGCUCGCCAGAUGUCGUUAUUCCAGUUCUUCUCCGGCAUAUCCAUUUCGACAUUGUAACCUGAUUCCCCCUGCCCCCACCCGGGGAAAAAAUAACUAACAGUUUCCAUUAUCACGGUGCUUUCUUCUUCCAUCGGUUGACAGCUCCGUAGCAGUAGCUAGCUAGCAUAUGCAGAUCUGAGCUUCAGAACAGAAAACCGGGUUGGUUUGGAGAAAGAGUCAAAGAGACCAGGACAAGAAAUGAGGUCGUAUAUUGUAUUAUUUGCUUCUGGGGAGUUCUGGAUCAAUGAAUAUGAAUGGGUAGGUGGUAAUUUACUAGUUUAGAACAUGGUAGCGUUAAGUUUGUAUGUAUUUAUUUAAUGUUAUCUGGUUUCCAUAUUCAAAUUAGUUUUUUGAUGAGUUGAAAUGCACAAAUGAAAGAAAAGAUUUCUUUGCAGGAAUCUCUUUCUUGUUC